GCUCCAGUGACAUCCUGUUCUGCCUCAAGAGUGAUAUCUGGCCACGCAGUGGUAAGCAGAAAAAAUGUCCACUCGCUACCACCAAGCUGCUAGCGAUAGCUACCUAGAACUUCUGAAGGAAGCUACCAAGAGAGACCUGAACCUUUCCGAUGAAGAUGGCAUGACUCCCACGCUCCUGGCAGCUUACCACGGGAACCUAGAAGCCCUAGAGAUAAUCUGUAGCAGAGGGGGGGAUCCCGAUAGAUGUGACAUCUGGGGGAAUACUCCGCUACAUCAUGCGGCCUCCAAUGGCCACGCCCACUGCGUCUCCUUCCUGGUCAAUUUCGGGGCCAACAUCUUUGCCCUGGACAAUGACCUGCGGUCUCCCCUCGAUGCGGCCGCCAGCAGGGAGCAGAAGGAAUGUGUCGCUCUCUUGGAUAAGGCUGCCACAGCCCAGAAUAUCAUGAACCCCAGGAAGGUCAGCCGGCUGAAGGAGCAGGCUCAGAAAAAUGCCAGGCGGCAGAUCAAGGAGUGUGAGCGGCUCCAGGAGAAGCACCAAAACAAGAUGGCCCGUACCUACAACAAGGAGAACGCUGGGACUCUUUCUUCUGCCAAGGGCCCUCUCCCGGGGUCAUCCCUUUCAAAGGCUUCUGCUGCCCGCCCCUUGGGGUCCCUGUCUAAGGGCAUUAAAGACACGUUCAAGAUCAAGUUCAAGAAGAACAAAGACACAGCAGAGCCCGUAGGGAAGGAGAGCAGGAGUGGGCAGAGAAACGUGAUGGAGGUGUUCAGAGAGGAGGAGGAGGAAGGCACCGUGUCAGGGGACUUCAAAGAGAAGCUCCAGUUCCCAGGUGAGGACGAAGGCAGCGACGGGCAGCAGGAAUCCAUUCUCAAACGCCCGGGUCUAGGACAUGUCGUGUUUAGAAGGAACACAGUAUUGAGCCCUGAAUACAUCCCAGACAGCAAGGAGGAGCUGGGGUUUAAAAUGCCCAGCGACUUGCUUCAGAGACAAGGAGCGGCGCCAGCGGAUGACCUUGAGGCCGACGAAGAGGGAGACGAAGUGGGCGCUGAAGACAGGCUGCCCUGGGACGAGGAGGCAGUGCAGUGGGAAGAGGACGUCUCGGAUGCGACGCCCCUGGAAGUAUUCCUGCAGUCCCACCACCUGGAAGAAUUCCUCCCGUUCUUCAUGAGAGAGCAGAUGGACCUGGAAGCUCUGAUGCUUUGCUCUGAUGAGGACCUGCAGAGCAUACAAAUGCAGCUGGGUCCCAGGAAGAAAGUCCUCAAUGCCAUAAACAGAAGGAAGCAACUGUUCCAACAGCCCGGGCCACUGGUCGACACCAGCCUCUGACAGCGUGUUGGCUCAGCAGGGUGAGCCGGCAGCAGUGGGGUGACGCCGUGCCCCAUGUGAAGCACUCCAGGCAGUACCUGCUUUCUACCGAAUGCCAGGCCACUGGGAGUGGUUUCCAGGGGUCGGGGAAUGCCCACUUAAGAAAGAGGCCCAAGCUCUACUCGGAGAAAUUCGCUAUACCUAUCUAAGGAAAACACCAGUGAGAACCUCAAGGAAACCUGGGAAUUGAAAAAAAAAAAAUGGAGUUCUUCUUCGAUUAGCUUUUUAAUAUUUUUGAAUAUCCAAAGGGUUAAGUGGAUGACAGAGAAGGGGGGAAAAAAAAACUCUCUUUGCUUUUCCAACUCUGGAUUUAAGAUCAUAAUCUCUCAUCACACAGCUGCUUACUUCCUGAUUCUCAUGGCCUGGGGAUUCUAAUUCCAGUUCUGUCCUUAGCUCUGUACAUUGUCUAUUGGUGGAGAGGAAAGUUCCUCCAUUGGCCUGAGACUUGAUACCUAAUUUAAAAAGUGUCUAAACCUUUAACAGAUGUUUACAUGUUUACGGUGAUGAAAAUGGGUCUAUAAUAUCUCCCGCCUGAGAACAGAGACAGAGUGGCAGGUAGCG